CACGGGCCCGGCCAGGCACCGGGACUCCGCCCCCCAGGCUGAUCCUGCAUCCCAGCCAUGCUCAGGACCGAGUGGCAGCUGCACUGGGUGUCUUGGCGUGGGGUAAAAGCGGUGCUUUCCUUUAGCCCCUCCUGGAGUCGGUGACCCCAGAGAACACUAAACCAGGGAAAGCUACAGUUGGGGUCUAAACUGCUUGACCAAUCCUUCAUCAUCUGUGUUCUGGCUGCAUUCUACCUCAGGGCAUGGACAAUGUUCUGAUGACUGAUGCAUUGCACAUGCUGUCAGGCCUGACGUUACCAAAAUGUGCAACAGAUUAUAGGUAGUCUCGCUGGGAAAAGGAGAAAUCCUUGACUCCAAACCAGAGUAAUGGCUACAAUGGUGGCUAAGCGAGAAGGGCCUCAGUUCAUCAGCGAAGGAGCAGUCCGAGGGAAUGCAGCCAUUCUGGAUUAUUGCAGGACAUCCGUUUCUGCCUUGUCAGGAGCAACAGCAGGAAUUCUUGGCCUGACUGGUUUACAUGGCUUCAUCUUCUACUUCUUGGCUUCUGUCCUUCUCUCAGUGCUUUUGGUAUUAAAAGCUGGACGGCGGUGGAAUAAGUACUUUAAAUCCCGAAGGCCACUUUUCACUGGGGGGCUUAUUGGAGGCCUCUUCACGUAUGUCCUCUUCUGGACUUUCCUCUAUGGCAUGGUGCAUGUCUACUAAAAGAGCAGUAACCACUUUAGCUGCAAUGGGUUUUAAUGAAAUAGGAGGACUGUUGCCAAAAACUCAUCUAAACAACUAUGCCAGCUUUUUAAAUUGUUGUUCACUGCUUGUAUUGUUAAGGCGGUCAAUAAUUUGUCUGAGUACAAAACUCUGUAGUAUUUGUCUAAUUAAAUUGAAUGUAAAAUGUCUUACGAAAAAGUCACAAAUUGCUUCCCACACAUAUAUAAGUAUCCUAUGAAUCACUGAAAAUCACCAUUUGUCCACCAUUCUUGGCUGCCUUUAUUCCUUCUACAUUUUGCAUCUGUAAGAUCAGCAAUAGCAGCUCUAUUUUAUGUUGUGUUCCCACUGUCACUGUUUGCACUAACAUACAAACAUUGGUAAAAACAGAUCUUUAACCAUAAGCUUAAUGCAAUGAAAUCUGAAAGGAAACACUGACACAAAGUUAGUUUCAUGGUAAUAUGUAAUUAAAUGUACAUGAAACUGGACAGAAGUAUCUUAUUUGUCUGGAUCGUUACUGUAAGUGCUGUGAUCCUGGGUACAGUCACUUUACAAAUAGGAAAUUAAAGUUACUAAAACAUUUCAAUCUCUUCCAUGCAUUGACUUUGCAGAGCAAACUUUUUUUAAUGACAGAUAUAGAAGGCAAUAAGUACUACAGUCAUGAGUCACUGUUUUGGUUUUUAGCGGUGUUUGCACAAUGCUUUCCACUGACAUAAUACUACAUUAUGCCAAAGGACACCACAGUGUCCUAUGAAUCAGUAUCCGUUAUGGCUAAUGUGAACAAAUCCACAGCCAGAGAUCUGGAAUAGACUCACUGUUAGUAUUUCCCCAAACAUACAAUGCAUUAUUAUGGUAAUAUACUUCAUUUUCUGUAAGAAAAUCAAGAACAGACUGAGCUGUAAACUGCAGCUUUCAGCUAUAGGACAAGCCCUACAAUCCCUCAUCAGUUUUCUUACUGAGUGGGUAUAUAGUCUCUGCACUUGUAUGGUGACGGGGCUCGAAAGCACACAGAUAUACUUAGCAGUAUUUCCAUAUGAGGAGAGAAUUGAAUCGUCAGUAGCAUUUUUGCAAUUCACCCUAUUCUGAAGCAUAAAUUACUAACCAAUAACACGGAACGUUCAGUGUAAAAGGUUUUCCCACUUAUGCUUUGAAAUGCCUUUUUUUUUUUUUAAGUAGUCUACUCUCUAUUUUAAACUUUACUUAAUACUGAAACAAAGUAGUUAUGUAUGAAAGAGGGAAAUUGACAAUACUAUAAAUACUGUCUGCCAUACUAUAUAUUUACAGUCAAUUUACCUUUGGUCUCCUGCAAAAUAACAUGGUCUAGUUACUUAAUUCUGUCUGAGCUAUUUUUCUAUAUUGAGUCAUGCAUCUUUUAAACAUGGGCAUUUUAGUUACACUUAAAUGGGCAGCUUUAUUAAUAGACUUGUACUGUUCAAAUGUUGUGUAUGCUUUUCAAAACAAAAUGGGGAAACCAGCGUGUAUAUGGUUAAUCAACAUUAUCUAAACUAAUACAACAUACAGAAAAGACACAACAUUGUCCUAAAAUAGACAAAUUCCAUUGCUAUAUAUUAACUCCAAGAAAAAACAUUUUG